UGCGAGGGAGGCGUCCCCUCCAAGGCCAGAAGCCGUCGAGGCCGCGGCAAGGGCAAAAGCGACGGUCUCGGGGUGUCGGGCCGAGCCAAGCGGAGCCGGCGCGCGAAGGCCAACGACCGCGAGCGCAACCGGAUGCACAACCUGAACUCGGCCCUGGAUGCGCUGCGCGGCGUCCUGCCUUCCUUCCCCGACGACGCCAAGCUGACCAAGAUCGAGACGCUCCGCUUCGCCCACAAUUACAUCUGGGCGCUCACCGAGACCCUCCGCCUGGCCGAUCAGAGCGCGCUGGCCCGGCCGAGCCAGGAGGCCGCUUUCCCAGCGCUGGACGGCAACCCCGAAGGCCCCGUCGCCUGGCUCUGUCCCUGGGACUCGCCCGGCUCGCAAGAGAGCAGCCUCAGCCCCAGUGACUCUGCGGAGGACGCGCGCGUUUUCCGCCCUCCCUGUCUCAGGCUCCCCACCCAGGCCGCCUUUCCGGACUUCGUGUGA